UCAGAAUUCUCCAUGGGUGUUCAACUGGGUUCAGAUCAGGAGACAUACUUGGUCACUAAAUCACUUUCACCAUGUUCUUCUUCCGAAUGCAACAGUGGUCUUAGAUGUGUUUUGGAUCAUUGUCAUGUUGGAAAAGUGCACGACGACCAAGAGCAUGGCGUGAUGGUGCCAUCUUCUCUUUCACUAUAGAGCACUCAUGCAGCCCCACAGAAGGACACUGCCACCACCAUGUUUCACUCUAGGCACUAUGUAUUUUUCUUUGUACUCCUCUCCUUUGCAACGCCAUACAGUUUUGAGGCCAUCAGUUACAAAAACAUUUAUCUUGGUCUCAUCACUCCAGAGUACAGAGUCCCAGUAGUCUUCUAUUUUUCAGCAUGGGCCUUGAAAAAUUCUAGGUGGGCUUUUUUGUGCAUGGGAUUUAGGAGAGGCUUCCUUCAAAAUGACACCCAUGCAUGCCAUUCCUCUGCAGUGUAUGCCGUAUUGUGUCAUGGGAAACAAUCACCCCAGUUUGGCUUUCUAUUUCUUUAGCUAACUGCAGUGAACUUGCAUAGCGAUUUUCUUCAAUCCUUCUCAUCA